AUGAACGCACAAUUUUACUAUCAGAUUUAUACUACGGUAAUCACGGUCAUAUCGGUGAUCGCUUGUUUAUGGGUGAUGAGAGUUUCGUAUCUUAUUCAUAAGCGGACAAGGAAGGAGUACCCGUGGAUUUUGGGGUUCAACACUUUCAUGGACUUGUUGUAUGCGCUGGCCACGGGGAUCUCGAUGAGCGUAGGUUUCUUUUAUUUAUAAACUUACUUUGUUGCCGUAAAUAGAGAGGCAAAAAGCCUUGCCACGACUUUGCAUUGUGGGGUCGCUAUCGCAAAGUGAAUAUUCAUAGUAAAAAAGCAAUUCAUUACUUCGGCUUUCCGUUCGUAAAAACUUAUCUUUUUUCGAUUUCUACACACGCCAAAAAGCCGAAAAACGACCGAAAAAAUUAACCCAAAAAAGGCCAAUAACGAUGAACUAGACCCCUGUAUAUUUAACAUAUUUGGUUUUAAACAAAAUAGGAACGCCUGGGGAUAGAUAAAAAAGGAUUUUAAGAUUUGGCCAAAAACUAAAAAGUUAUAGCCAAUUCAAAUUGUGCCACAAAGAUGCCCCACCCUGUACUACAUAUUAGUCUGUCGGGAUUUCCUAAGCGCCUAAGCAAGCACAGAUGCGUUGCCGAGGCAAAGAAAAGCAGUAAACCUUUAUUAUGAAAUUGCAUUGCUCUUUUCAGACAGUAAUGAUAACCUCCACGCACACAUACCUCUUCACUCACAACCCUCUCUUGCAAAAUGCACCCAACACCGUAAUCGACUUUGUCAUCAUUUCCAACACCUACUUUAUGUCAUUAGUGCCUCCGAACACGGCGAUUCAUUUCUGGUAUCGCUACAACAUACUGUGCAGAGGGGUUAUUUGGUCGAGGACACGCUAUUGCCUCACGUACUUGGCCUCGGUGGUCUUCCUGACCUGCUUCAGCUCGAUGUUCUUUUGGCUGAAGAUGCCAAUGUCCGCAGAUAGUGUGAAAGAGCUGCGAGACAAUGGAUUUUUCGUUGGUCAACCGGUCCCUCGACAUGAUAUCACCAAGUCGAGCGAGCUGAUCAAUAUGGUUGGAACGGCAAUGUACAUAUCAAACAACACGAUUUACUACCUGAUAAUGUUUUAUUUCGGCUACAAGAUUAUGAUGAAGAUGAGGGAGUACUCGAAACGGGCGAUAAAUACGACGGAAAAGGCGCAGCAAAAAGUGGUUCGUGUCAUGGUUUUGCAGGUAAGACUGUUUCUUUACACCAUUUGCUUUCUAUUGUUGCAGUUACUUAACCUUAUGUUAUCAUUCCUUCAGGCAAUUUACCCACUGAUCCUCUUCCUGUUGCCCAACUUUGUGAUCGGAAUCUUUGUCCUUUUUGGCUUCAACUUCGAAGACUUGUCGUAUGUGGCUGGCGCCACCGUGGAAUUAAUGCCGAUUCUGAGCACGUUGACCGUCAUUCUACUAGUCCCGUCGUAUAAACGACAAAUUUGGGCACGAACGCCGACUAUGGUCUCGUCCAACACUUCCAUGGAUGCGAACAGAUCGAGAUCUGGAAGCAAUUUUGGCACGUGA